AGUUGGACUGUGGCAGGCGGGAGUGGCCCCGUUCCUGAGCUGUACGCGAUCGAUAAUUACCUUUCCAGUACGAGUCGACACAGAUGCAGGGGGGAUGCGAUUUGGAUGGAAGAGUGCUGGUGUUGUUGUGAUCAUCUAAGAAAAGAGGUCGCUGCUUGCAUGAAUGAUAACCACUGCUGUAGGGCCCAAAACAUGGACAAGAGAGUGCUUUAAGUUGGGGUCCCAUGCGCCUCUCCGCCUCCGAGUUGGCUUGCAUUUCAAUGAAGGCCAGGCGAGCUUCAGUGCUGUUUACAAAAGGAAUCGGUGGUCGAGGGUGUUGAUUAAGGGCAAGAGCGCCAGCGGAUGGUCCUCUGGCCGUGUUGUUGACCUCGAGUGACACGUGUGUGGCCUCAGAUGCCGUGGAUGAGGACUCGUUGGCACUAUGUAGAGGAGGGGACAUAACCAUGUUGUCAUCGCCUGGGGUGUCCGAAGUGCCGGUGGAGGCGACAGCAUUCCUAGGGGCGGUGGCAGCGUUCGUAGUGUUCCUGUUUGUGCUGUUUCUUUACCUGAACAAGAAACUCUGCUUCUACACAGUGGGCGGCUUCCCCUGCUGCGACGACCCCGUCACCAAGCCCGACAAGCUCAAGGAACUAGGUGCUGCCUACAACUAUGGCGAGGGGGAGAGCUCCAGCGACAGCGAGGAGGAGGUGUCCAACAGGCUCGCCACCUCCAAGAGCUUCCCCUCCGCCCUCCGUGACAAUCACCACAACCAUGUCAACAGCAACCACGUCGGCAGUAACCACCACAACCACACCACCAGCAACCACCACAACCACGCCAAUCACACCCCUUCUUCCUACCACACGUACAAUCACUACGGACAUCACAACUACCACCAGCUGGGUCCUUCCAGGUCCUCCUCCCAGUACUCUGCCCCUGAAGAUGGCGGACCUCCAGAUCGCGGGGACGGGUGUGUUUGCGACCCUAACACCGACCUCAUCUCCCUUGCCGAGAAAGGGCGCGCGGGCGUGAGCGUCGAGGAGGAGCCCGUCGGAGUGGGUGUUGGUGUAUCGUCAUCGUCAGCUUCAUCCUCGGGGUCCACAACGAGUGGCGAUGAUGACCUGCUGACCCAUCGGGCGCUUCGCCAUAGGGAUCCCAGAGCAUACCGUCAGAUGUCACCAAACCGCUCCCCCUACGACGGUACCUACCACCAGGAGUGUCGCGAGGACGGAUCAGUUGGGGAAGCACUGUUAGUGAGGUGCGGCACCAUAGAGGCAGGGUUCGCAUACGAUUUGCCCACCAAGACGCUCACGGUCCACAUCCUGCAGGCCAAGGAUGUUCCCAGCAAGGAGCGAGGUGGUGCUGCCAACACACAGGUGCGGGUUCUACUGUUGCCAGCACGUAAACAAAAACACAAGACCCGGAUUAGGCCAGGAGACAACCCACAAUUUAAUGAAGCCUUUGUCUUUACCAAGAUCAACCCAGAGGAAGUUCAGCAACUGGGUGUGCGGCUGAGGCUGUAUGGAUGUGAACGCAUGCGACGGGAAAAGAUGGUAGGAGAGGUGAUCGUUCCUUUUGCCUCCAUCAACCUCACUCUGGGCAAUACCUUCUGGCUAACUCUGGAGCCUCGAGCCAACCUCGCACGAACAGAAAGCCGAACAGAGGUGUGCAGUUUGACGCGGAGUGACUCAACAGGCUCAAACCACUCAGUCCAUAGUGGUGUCCCAGAACUACUGGUAGGACUGACGUACAAUGGCACCACAGGAAGGCUGGCAGUGGAGGUCAUUAAGGGGUCACACUUCAGUAACGACGUGGACAGUGUUAUGCCGCCGGUGCUGUGGCGCGUCUUACCCCGAGAUAUUCGUCGAGUGGGGCCAAUCAUGAGGAACGGUGAUGAUUUCAGGAAUAUGGCGAACACCCGAGCUCCAGACACCUAUGUCAAGCUUGUUCUCAUGUCAUCCAGUGGCCAGGAGAUUGCCCAUAGCAAAACCUCAGUCCGAAGGGGCCAACCUAACCCACUGUUCAAGGAAACCUUCAUGUUUCAGGUGGCAUUGUUCCAGCUUCCAGACGUUACCCUUAUGGCGUCUGUGUACACUAAGAGAAGCAUGAAAAGGAAGGACAUGAUUGGCUGGUUUGCCCUUGGUCUCAACAGCUCAGGGGAAGAAGAGUUGGCUCACUGGAAUCAAAUGCGAGAUUCCAAAGGGGAACAAGUUUGUCGUUGGCAUGUCCUCCUUGAAUCAUAGAUCCACUGGAAACAUCACUCUUCAUAAUCCUAUAGUUUAACAUGCUCUGGGCCAAACAUGAGGGGAAAUGAAGUUUUCUUUCCUGAGAAUAUUAUAAAGAAUUUUUGAGUCUGCCUUUAUUUGCAAUAUUCUCAGGGGAUGGUGGAUUCAUGCACCUCAUCACCUCUCAUCCAUGAGUCUUGAGGUCCACUUAAGUUACAGCCUACCUUGAGUCUUUCCCUUAUUCUUGGUCACAUUUGGGUCUCAGGUCCUCCUUGACUCUUGUCUUCUUCUUGAGUCUUGGUUUACACUUGAACAAAUGAUGUGGUCACUAGCGCUAUGCUAGAAGUGCACCUUGAACUUUCAUGAAUGUAAUAUUUAAGAAUCUCACACGGACUUAAAUUCUGCCUCACAAUCUCAUAAUUCAGUUUAUAUGGGGUUGCUGGUUUCUGUUUUCUUUAAAAAAGGUCACUGUACUAUGGACUAAAUUAUACAGCAGAUAAGUCUGGAUAAUAGAACAGUGAGUACAUUGUACCCUGUUCUUUUGACUAAAUUUUUUUUUAAAUUUAGCCCUCCUGAAAUCAUAGCUGAUACAUUGUAAUGUAAAGGUUCUAAUCUGUGAUUGUUUCAGAGUAUAUACAUAUAUAGAUACAUACAUAGUAUAUUGAUUCAAAAUUACUAGAAAGUAUAAAGGUGGAGCUGGUCUCCUUGGAUAUAUCGUCCCUUAACUGUACCUAAUGGUGUUGUAACUUCAUAUAUCUACUAUAGCUAUAGAACCCAGCCCUGUUGUCUUGACUUACUACCUUUACGUCACAACGAGUUUAGAGAACCUCGAAUGGUUACUUCUGAGACUGAAUCAUGUUCAUUGUUGUUGAUGCAUUGAGUUCCUCAAGUAGUGAUUUCAGAUUAUGCCCAAGGGGGUAUUUGUAUUUUGACUUUCUAAUACACAUUGAAUCUUUAUAUGCUUCUGAUGGAAGCAGAUGCCUUUAAUCAUAAGUUAAGCAGGCUAUUAAUAUCUGUUUAAUUGUUGUAAUGAAAAUUAAACAUGGAUUCUAUACUUCUUUCCCCACUCUCAGAUGUAUUGUUUUAUGUCUUCCUCACUCCAGAUUUUUUAAUUACAGUACUGGUAAGAUUAAAUUAUUUAUAUUGUUGUGACAUCAGGAGCCAGCACACCCUGCAAAUCAUUAUUAGAUUAUAAUACUGUAUACUUACCACAUUUAUUUUUUCAUAACAGCAUAACAAGCAUAUCAGUAGCAGCAACAUUUGUGCAUAAUUUUUCAAAAUGGAUACAUACAGUACUUCGCACAUAACUUUUAAGCAGCAACUGCUGUUCUAUAAACUACAGUUACUAAAGAAUCUUAACAAAGGAAUUUAUAUUCAUAUAGUAUAAAGAACACCUAAAUUCAUUUUCACAAACUCCAUGUGUCAUAUACCGGUACAUAUGUAUUUGCAAGCAUCUUUUGUAUAAGUUUAAUAUUUAGACCAAUUAUAAGUUUUGACAUUUUGAUACAGUAUUGCAAGUGUAAUGGAAUACUGUACUCUACUUAUUUAUUAGUGAUUUUUUGUCAAGUUAUUGUAAUGUACAGUAAAUGUAUAAAAUAUUCAUACAGAACUACAGUACAGGUACUGUAUACUGUAUUAACUUUUUCACCUCUGAUAUUUAUUCAGUGAAACAGUGAUAGUAAUUAAUGUUUUGCUCUGCCUCUCGUUGCUUAUGUAUAGGGUGAUCUCAAAAGCACUGGACUUUAGCAGAGCCUGAAUAAUAUCUUCACAUUAAAAGAAGGACAAUCAGAUUACACCAUGGAGUUAUCCAAAUUCACUGAUUAGGACGUAUAUUUUGUCUUGUACAAGGUGACUUACUGGCUGAUUGAUGAUCUAUAUGUACAUAUUAGCAACUUCUGGACUACUAGAAGAAUUUUAACAUUUUAAAUGGGUUAUGCCUCACAAGCUCACAAGCCUUACCAAAUAUUUUCAAACUAUUUGAAUUGUCUGAACUUGUCCGGUUGAUGCAAGGCUACUGAGCAUUAUCCAAGCAGGUUUUAGUGUUUGGCUUUUCAAAUAUUUAUUGAACCAAGGUUAAGGGUGAGCACUUUGUGGCUUAUACUGUACAGUAUAUGGAAAGCUUAGUACUGUGAUGGUGUGGAGGAUGGAUUGAGUGCUCAGCUCUUGAGUUUCAUGCAAGAAAAAAGAGAGAUAACUUUAGAUUCUAUAAUCUGGAAGCGACAUGUUGCACAGUUUGCUUAUGGAGAUGUUAAAUUGUUUGGUAUUAUGCUGCACAGAUCUAAAUCUUAGAACUUUGGCAGUUUUGUGUUAUACAUAAGCACAGAUUUAAAAAAAAAGAUUUAUACACAUGUAUUUGAAUGAAAAUGCUUUUAAAUUGCCAUAUUAGGAGUGUAGCUGUCUUCCAUGCAUUUAAAGAGGCUAUCAUACAACCAGUGUUGAGUGUUGAAACUAAACUCACCAAGGUUGCAUUAUUUGUGGGGUUUUCCUUGAAGGUUGUAUUCAAGAAACAAACUUUUUUAUAAUUUUUUUAAGUUCUGUAAUAUAACUAAUGAAUUAUUUAUACUACUGUACUCUGUUUUCCAUUUUACAUGAAGUAAUGCCAUUGUUUGUGUGUAUUGUAUCGCAUCGACCAGUUAUAAUCUCUUGGUGUAAAAUCUUGACGAUUUUUUUUUUCACUUCCUAAAAUCUUUUACAGAACAGUAUUGCAUCAGUCUGGAGACUUAGGUACAGAGUUAGCACUUGGAAUAAGUCCUGUGACCAAAAAAAUCUGUAUUGAACAUGAUUUUUUAACUGCUAAGUCACAAAUAUCAGUUACCAUAUUUGCUCUUAGUUUUAUUUAUUAAAGUGAAGCAUUCAUAUGUUUAUGAUAAUUUCAUAUUUCUAAGCAGUUUCUGUUUUCAUUGAAGUACUUUACACAUGGCUUGCAUUAUGCUUUAUAAAGAAUAAUACACUGGCAUAUAAAUCUUGUGGCAAAGAAAAGGAUUAACUGUGCUUAUUACUUUUCUGGGGUUAAACACAGCUGCAGUUAGGUAGGUCUGUCAGGGAUGACACCAAUUGUUUGAAAUACUGGGGAUUGGAUGCAACAUAAAUUCUAGAUGAAUACUAAACUAGACAUCAAGCAUACGAAAUUAGUGACUAGAAGCACCAAAUAUUAUGGUGAAAGCAUCAAAUUAUGUAUAUGUACUGUAAUGGAAAUGUUUCAAUGAUAAACAUUGUACUGUAUUAGGGGUUACAGACAGCGCACUGGGGAUUACACACAUUAGACGAGACUGGAAACACCUCUACAGGGAUAGAGACACCACAUCAGAUCAGAGAUAGCUGAACUGGGAUUGACAAAACUGCACCAGGAAUAUAGAUGUUACAGCAAGAAUUGAUCAAAGUGACAUACUGUACGAAGGUUAAGAGAUUCAUGUAAUGUGAGCUAAACCUCUGUUUUGGAGGAUUCUAUAAGACAAGAGUAGCUCAUCUUUCCUCCCUCCUACAGCCUGUGAAAAACAUCUUCUGUGCUUGUUACUUUUAAAGUGUACAUUUUCUAGUGUUACAUUUAUUUUUGUACUGACAUUUCCAAAUAAGUCUGUACAUACAUAAACUUCUUGUCGUUUUGCAACACAUUUAUCAAGUAUCGUGUUGGAAGUCCUAGUCAUUACAGACUUAAGCUCUAUACUGUAUGUAAACAUAUACAUAUUCGGUAUAUACAUAUUGUGUAUGUACAUAAUGAAUUCAGUUUACAUUUCUCUCCCUCGCUCCCAUCGCCAGUACGCUUAUUUGAUGCCUACUGCCUGUGUUAGUUAUCAUUCUCAAGAAACCUUGAUAUGUCACAGAAUCCCGAUAGCAAGUUUUGUGGCCUCGGGUAUUAAGUGGUGACAAACUAGAGUGGUGUAGACUAUAAGUGGUACGAGUAACUGUUUAGGGCUAAUACUGCAAGCCUUCUCUGUUCUCUGUUAACUGGAUAGACUGCAGUGCUACCAGUCUAAAGUAUGUAAUUAAAUGCAGUAAUUUAAUAUGUUGUAUCUCAAUUGUGAUGUUUGCUUGUCAUUCAAAUACAGUACUGUACCUGUAUAUGAAUUAUAUUCAUGGAAAUAAGUUAUAACAGUAUUUAGAUUUGAGACUACAUUUAGACCUAUAAAGUACCAGUUUAGGUUCCACCAAAUUUCUUAAAAUUGAACCAUUAACUGCCAUGAUAGAUCAAGGUUUCUUGGACUAUGUAACAAACCAGAGUGGGCAAAAGUGAAAGUGAUGCCACACGUGGGUUUGUAACAAAAGCACAUUUUUGCUAGGCCUCACGCCUGUGACCAUGUCAAUAGUUAUCAUAAAUGGUUCUGUAGAAAUUAGUUGUUGUGAUAAAUAAUUAGCUUAAUAGCAACAUUCAAUGCAACUAAUGAUAAUUAGGCUGGCGUAUUUGUGUUGGGAGUGAUCCAAUCUGUGAUCUUCACGCUCAUACUCUGGCAUCAAGACUUCACUACUUAUAGUGCGAUGGAAAAUAUUUGAGUGUAGGGAAGAAACUGAUGUUUUGAUGUGAGUAUUUUGAGAGGUGAGAUGGACAUUCACAUAAGUUACUUGGAUGUUUUUAAUAUGAGUAGUUUUAUAUGUAUUUAUGUGUCUCACAAGUGCAUGAUGAAACAUCAGUCACUGAGAUUUUGUGGCUUUCUAGUUCACUGGACUAUGAAUCCAAUUUCUUUAAUAUUGUUUUUCAAAGUUCCUUACCCGGUAUCUUAAAGUGACUACAACCCAUCUUAGUUUAGUAAUUAUGAAUCUGCUAUCAUCAUUAAAAAGCACCAACAGGGAUUACUGCUAAAAUGUUUUAUUAUACUUGGUGGUCAUGAUAUAGAAUACUUUAACCAUCAGAAACCAUAUAAAUAUUGCCAUAAGUCUCUGUUCUUUCUAAAUUCAUGACCAAAGGUAAGAGGUGACAUAAUUCUAUAUUUACCUUGGUAGCAAAACUUUUGUGUAUGAUCUUCCCUGCAGGAAAUAGUUAAGAUUCUUUAAAAUUUUAACUACAUUGAAGACUGCUCGUUUCUCGCCACUGGCUACAGUCAUGCUGUGAGACUUGAUGGUUUGAAAGUUGUAUUUGUUUUAAAUCAUAAAAGGAUUGUUUGUAGAUCUUGAAUUGAUUGAUAAUAUUGGAAUAUCACCCAAUGCUUGUUCUUGGGUUACCUAUAUUUUUAUAAAUGUAUUGUAUUGAUAUCACUCUGAACAUGAGUGGAUGAGAACAAAAUAUAUUAUUGUUGUUACUUUAGCCUUAGUCUGUAUAAUGAUUAGUUUGUUGGGAGUACAGAUACUGUAGUAUAAAUGGGGUUGGUGGGCUGUUCAUAUGGUGGUUCUGGGUCAAGCUAGACUCCGUAUAAUGGCCAUGUUGAUUGUGAAAUGUUGUGAUUUAUGGUGGCUUAUGGAUGUAAGGGUUGGUGCAGUUUCAUCAUUUUAAAUCAUGAUAUUGUGCAGUACUAUGGAAAAUGCAGGUUAUGAGGGUGAGCUUUGCUGAAGAUUAAUUUGAUGAUUGUGGUGUGGUGAAGAGUUUGAGCAUGUUAAACAGGGCUAGUAAUAUCUUGCAGUGACAAAGUAAACAUGAGGUAGUACAUUUUUUGUCUAGAAUACUAUCAAAAUUUUCUUGAUCAGUGUACAAAGUUCUAAGAUCAAUGGAAUUAGGUAUCUUAUCCAUCAGUCUCUUGCUUUGCACUAACAGAAAGUCAGCUAUGUGGUCACUGUCAUGCUAAGUGUAAUGAUUGUGAUGUUUCAUGGCAUCAUUCAUGAAUGCUGAGUAGGUACUGUACUUUAAUGAGAUUGAAGAAAAAGAUGUACGGUAAUAGGUUAUGAUACCAGUGAUAAAUUUGAGUUGGUAGUCAUUGGUUGGUUUCAAUAGGUGGUUGUGAUCGCAUGUCGACAAACCGUGAGAAACACCUUGCACAAAGCUUUAUGGUUGAUUUUUGUACCUUCAGAUACAGAGGCAUAGAGUAUACAGUACUGCUCUGAAAUUCUUGAAGCUUUUAGAUGGAAACAAAUUUUGUAACCUCACCAAGGAUGUAUAGUCAGUUUUUGUUACCUUGGGUACUAUGAUAAGACCCCCCCCCAUUCUAUAAAAGGGGGAAUUUAUUUGUGAUUUCUACAGAAAAUCAUCUUUAUU